CUUCCUCAUUAAUAGAUAUAAACAAGUAUGGGCAAUGACCCGUCAAACCAGACUUCCUCUGAAAUUAAAUGGAAACCCAUUUUGCACAUUACUGACAAUUCAAAUGUGAAAACCCUCACGUAAUCGGAAUGUUUUAUUGGUUGUGUACAACAUUGUGGGUGCGUUUAUAUGUACGCGUACAUAUGAACAUGUAAAACAGGCGAUUUUUUUCGAGCAUGGCUCUUGUUCACAGCGCAAGGAAAGCGAGGGGGCUUAGGCAGGACGCAUGGCGAGGGGAGACGGUCGAGACCGUGAGGGAGUCGCAGCCUCAGAGGGAAUCUCGCCCUUGGGGACGUCCGCCGCAGAUGUGAGAGCGGCUUGCCUGCGGGAUAGAGAUGCAUGUAUCGCCGUUGCAUGGAUGGACGCCAGGGCUCUCCACUGUUGGAUGGCCGCAGCCAUUCAGCAGCGGAUAGAGCCUGGGUGGAGAUAACGCCCCCCCCGCACACCCAAUCGUGACGUCACGGGGCUUCCCCGAGGUCACGUGACGUGGGGGCUGAGUCCCCGGAUGAAGGAAGCGAGAUACCGGGGGCAGCACCCGGGGGCCGAGGUUGAAUUUCGGUGGGCCGACUUCAGGGGGAGCGUCGGGGUUCAAAGUGCGCCGAGAACUGGGAUCUGAGGUCCGAGUACAGAGGUUCGAGCAACCGGGUCCGAGGUUCUGUGCAGGCCCCAUCCGGGCCGUGGGGCCGCGUUGCACAAUGAGCUGUGGCAGUGGUCGCGAAGUGGACAAUGAGGCAUGCUGCAGCGCACGGGGGUUGCGCACGCCAGGAGACACAACCGAUUAUUCAGAGAGCGGCCUCUCCUUCCAUUCGGUGUCUGGCGAUGACUCGGCCACCGAGGCUCAAGGCUACGAGGCUGACUUUGAGCCGCCCCUUGAGAGCAAGUACGAGUGCCCCAUCUGCCUGAUGGCACUGAGGGAGCCCGUGCAGACUCCCUGCGGACACCGCUUCUGCAGAGCAUGCAUCCUGCACUCCAUGAGGGACGCCGGUCCCAAGUGCCCCGUGGAUAACGCCGUGCUCCAUGAGGGACAACUCUUCCCCGAUAACUUUGCCAAGCGCGAGAUCCUAUCGCUCACCGUGCGAUGUCCCAACAAGCCAUGUGGUCACCGCGGCGAGCUGCGUGCCCUACAGGAACACCAGUUGCGUUGUGAGUACGCGCAGGUGCCAUGUGUGCGCUGUGAGAUGCCUGUGUGCCGGCGGGACCUGGCAAAGCAUGAGGAGCAGGAGUGCAUGAGACGCAUUGUCACUUGUCUCCACUGCUGUGAGAAGAUGGCAUACAAAGACUCAAAGAACCAUGAACAGAUGUGUCCACUCGUCGUGGUGAAUUGCAAACACUGCCAACAGGAGCUGAUCCGGGAACAGCUGGGGCCGCAUCUGGAGGUCGACUGUCAGCAAGCCCAGGUGCCCUGCACCUUCAGCCCGCUCGGCUGUGAGGCUCAGAUGGUGCGGUCGCUGCUGGCCGCUCACAUGCAUGAGCACACGCAGGUGCACAUGCGUCUCCUGGCCAAUGGCCUUAAGAUCCUGCGUAUCCAGGUUGGCCAGGGUGCCCAACCGUCCUCGGCGGCCGGGUCCUCUGCUCCGCCUAACAGCCUCUCUUGGCUCAGCAGCACGAGCGGCGGGGACGUCCAGACUGCCGGCGCCAGUCGGAGCCAGGGUUCGCGCGACCGCGCCGCAUGCGACUGCGCUCAGGAGCUGGACCGGCUGCGCGAAAUCACGCGGACGUUAGAGGAGCGCGUCGUCCUGCAGCUGCACCAGAUCCGGGAGCUGAGCGCCAAGACGGACAACCAGCAGGGCUUGCUUGCCGAGGCCACGCGCCUCGUGCGCUCACUGGAGGCUCGCGUGGCCGAGUCCGAGUCGCGCCUGUGCGCGGGCAUCUUCACGUGGCGCGUGGAGAGGUUCUCACGACUCCUCCCUGGGGGCCUCGCUUCCGGCUUUGCUUCCGACGGAAUGCACCCAGACGCUCCGGCUGUCAUGCACAGCUCGGGAUUCUACACGGGAGUCCCCGGCUACCGCCUGUGCCUUCGCCUGCAGGUGCUGAGCGGCCGCGAGGUUCCGGCGGGCGCGGCUUCUCCCAGCGUGCUGCUCGCCGGGCGCCAACCUCAUCUGGCCUUGUUUGUUCACCUGCUGCAAGGCGACUAUGACCACCGCCUGCCAUGGCCCUUCAAAGGUCGCAUCCGCAUCUCGGUGGUGGACCAGUGUGAGCGCGAUAGCGUGCACGUGACAGAAAUGAUGGAUGCCGAUCCGCAGCUGAGUGCCUUCCAGCGCCCCUCCGUGCACCGCAACCCCAAGGGUUUUGGCUACAUGAAUUUCAUGGAUAUCAACACCCUGCACCACCGCUCUUACCUGCGCGAUGACUGCCUAGUGGUGCGCUGUGAGGUGGUGACGACGCUGGGUCCGGGAGGGUUGCAGCAGCAAGGCCUACUGCUCGAGGACCCCCCACGGCCCCCAAAUCAGCCCGAGAAUGUUCCACAUUCCAUGGGAUGAGCAGAGUGGAGAGUUUAACACAACCAGAAUGUCAGUCGUAAUUAUUUUUUUGUUAUAAUUAUGUUUUUUUUUUACCCAGGAAAACUGAGUCUCGAGACACUUUUUCAGGAGGGUCUUGCCAAGUUUUUACAGGAGGGUGCGAUGUUUUCAUGUGUCAUCCCAAUUGAGCAAUUUGCAGGUCAUUUUUCAGCAUGUGGCCAACACCAGUUACAUCGGGGUUUUUUUGCUGUGAGAGUAAGCCGGAGAACCAAGAGGAAACCCAUGCAAAAAAUGGGAAGACAAACACAUUCUAUACAGAAAGGCACCCGUGUCGGGAAUCGAACCCAGGCACUUCUUGCUGUUCUCAAGUCUUACCAUGCCACCCAAAUAUUAUUGUAAUUGGUCACCCCGAGUUUUAAAUGUAUCCACCAAAGCAGUGGUUCCAAACCUGUGGUUUGUGAAUCACUGUCAACCCCACAGACCACCAUGCACCAAUAAAUAUAAAUAUCUAUUCUAAAUCCGAGUAUCUGCAAACAGAUACGACACACAUUUUAUUUACGUGAUCUGACCCAAAGAAAUCAAUUAUAUAUCUGAAAACACUUCCCACAAGGAUUUUCCUCGGCCUAUGAAUGUCACUGCAAAAUAAAUAUGCACAGUUCCUCAGCAGGGUCUUCAGAUGUCACCACAUUCAGGUACUUUACAAGUCCAACUCGGGAUUUUAGCUGGAGUCAACUGGAUUACGACUUAUGCCGCUCAGUCUCCACCUCCAUUUGCAGAUGACAUGCGGGCUCUCUAAGACAUUAUUUUUUAUUGUCAUUUUCUGUUCGUGCCAGAUAUUCGUUUGUUAACAUACCCAUGUGCCUACAGCCUGUGAGAGCAGCCUUUAUAAUCAAAAGCAUGUCUUCCCUGCUUUUUGUAACUAAAUUGUAAGAAUGUACUGUAUAAACUGUGAGGUAUUGAUAUAAUCAGGCUGCAUUGCGAAUGGUGUCGCAUUAUCUCCUGGUUCGUGGCACGAGAUCAUAUAGAGGCUACACCCAAGCUGCGACGGGAAGUGAUGUGUUUUAUUGUGAGGAUGCAGUGUAGCUCUCGUCUCUGGUGUGACUUGUGUGUUCCAUUACGCUGGGGCGGCGGAUAUUAAAGAGUGAAGAGUUCCUGUCGUGUGCUCCCACGUUUCACGUAACGAGAUUACAUUCUCUGCCAAACGCAGUGGCAAAUUAAUGUUUGGAUGACACACUGAAGCGUGCGAGUGUGGUUUCUAUAUCACUGCAACCUCGUGCUAGUUUUGCAUCGAUAUUUCAUGAAUCUGAAAUAAAGCCUUGUUACAAAAAUCAA